AUGCCUCUUGCAAAAGUCCUCCGCCAUCCCUCUCCAGAGGAGGAGAAGGGGAAGCACAAGAAAAAGCACCUGGUACAGAGCCCCAUGGACAUGAAGUGUCCAGACUGCUAUGAAAUCACCAUGGUCUUUAGCCAUGCACAGUUGGCAGUUCUGUGUGUUGGCUUCUGCACUGUGCUUUGCCAGCCUACAGGAGGAAAAGUAAGGCUCACAGAAGGAUGUCCCUUCAGGAGGAAACAGCACUAA